CAUCAAGGGGAACGGUUUGUAAUAUUUCACUGUGAAGUUUCGAGACGUAAACUUAUAGCUUUGGCUUGAUUGAGCCGGCUUUUCUCUUGUUUCGUCGAUAGAUUUCUAGAAAAGUAAAUUUUCUGUGGUAUUGUGUUUGAAACAUCUUGCCGUCCUUAUGCGACAGCCGGGAAUGAGUAUUUCUACGGGCGACAAGGAAUUGGAAUUCGCCGACCCGAAGGAAGAGGCGAAAUACUGGAAACAAUUUGCUGAAGACUUGGAGCGAAAGUGAGUGGUUAAAGGACCAUGUUCUUUUUUUUAGUUGUGCUGUUAAAGAAUGGAAGAAUGAAGUUUUAAUUUUAACGUUUUUUUCUGGGAAAAGGUUGCAAGAAGCAAGAGAUGAACUCGAUGAGUUUCAAGAAGGUAGUCGCGAACUAGAAGCAGAGUUGGAAAUGCAGUUGGAGCAAGCCGAAGCCAGACAGCGAGAGCUUUUAGCUGCCAAAACCCGGCUAGAGACGGAAAACGAAAGCUUGAAGGUAAAUGGGAAAAUAUCGACUAACAUUUCUUAGGUUUUUUUCGCCCUGUUGUUUAAGUUAGAGUUUGUAAAUAAUGCAAGACUUGCUUGCGUACGCCGACAGCCAUGUUUUUAUCAGGUUCUUGAUAAUUUGUCGUUUGACCUAAUGUUGAAAUUAAAAUAUUCUCUUCUCUUUUUCUCUUAGGCGCGACUAGAUGCCAGCCAGAAUGAAUCCUACUUAACGAUAUCAUCGCUACAAGAUGAGGUUGCUCAACUUAAAGCUGUGCGGGAGGAAGUGCAAAAAUACGUUCGGGAACUCGAGCAAGCGAACGACGAUCUUGAGCGAGCGAAAAGGUAAAUUACCAACUUUAGACGUAACAUUUAUUUAUUUUCGUAAGAAUCAUCGCGAAGUGGUCUAUUUAUUUCCAUUUCUUUAAUCAUUUAACUUACAGCCUAAUAAUAUUUUCGCCUCGUUAAUUGCGUUUGGAUGUUGUGCUGUCUUGCUCAAAUUACUAAAUUUCGAUACGUUGUUAUAGACUGCAAUAUUUAUUACAAUCUGCGAUAUUGAGUCAGAGAAACUGAAUCAUUCGGGGAGUUAAAACAUUACGACAGAUUGUUCUGUUUAUUAACAUAAUUUUGUUUAAAUAUUAUGGGUCAUAUUUAAGUCUUGCCGUGUGCAAAGUACAAUUCAGGCAUGUGACAUUCUCGCAUUGUUGAUCAGCGAAGAAGGAAAUAUUUUCUAACCUUGUCGUGGUAUCGAUUUCUGUUAGUACAUGUACUGGAUUUUAAUUGUGUUCACGUUUACAGAUCAGAGCCUCUUAAUCUCACCGAUAAAAAAUACUUUGAUGUUGCAACAAAUCUUGGGGAGCAAAACCGUUUUGCUUUUCUAUCUGUAAAAGAGUGGAUUGCUUAAACUUGUAACUGCUUUGCAUAAAUUGCUUUGCUUAGACUAAUAAAAUAUGUUGAUUUGAUCUUAUUGUAUUGCAAAGAAUGUGCUUGUGUUCUUAUGUUGCCGGUCUAUUAUACACCAUAAAGUAGAGUGCUCUCUUUUAUGUUGGACCUACCUUGUCAAAAUAGAACUGUAGUUAAAUUUAACAUUUUAAGUAUUUCUAGGAGUAAAGAUGGGAAUUUUAAAUGUUAUCACUGCGGGAUAAAUAAUCUUUUAAUUCAAUUUAAUUCCCUUUGUGUUUUUUAAAAGGAUGAAUUCAAAAUAUUUCCAUGGAAGUUAAGUUUAAAGAAGUAUGGCUGCCUUUGUGUGACCUAAUUAGCACACUGGGAUAAUAAAGGAAAGAAAAGCAUUCACUGUACCAUGACAGUUUAUGCACCUUUUCAUAUAAUUUUAAAUUUCUUUAAACUACUUUGAUCAGAUAGAAUAGGCUUUGCAAAGCUUGUUUUUAUCAGAAAUGGCAGAUUUUGCAUUUUAGCAAGGCUGUUUCAUUCCAGCUUGGGUCAAAAGGGUGGGACACCUGUUGAGCUUGUGCAAAACAAUCUUUGUGUUGAUGUCUCACCCUACUGGGAGGAAUAUUUACUUUUAAUUUAAACAUAACUGGUCACUUGAAUGUUUGAAGAAUUAGCAACCUUAUGUAAUAUUUUAUGAAAUUACAGUUUGCUGGAUAAAGUUCUGUCUGCUGUUAUAUUGAUUUAAAAUUUAAUCAAAAAUUAAAGUCGACCUCUCGUGACUUCGUCGCUCACUAAAAAGGCUCUCCCUACUAGCCAAGAGGUUGACUUGUAGCAAGUCUAAAGUGAGGCUGGUGCUGUUUUUUUCUUGUUGAGUAAAAUAAGUGGUUACCUUUACUGUUUGCGUUUCAGGGCAACAGUUUGCUCCCUUGAGGACUUUGAGCAGAAGCUAAAUCAGGUGCGUUUCAUAUUAGUUUGAUUGAAUAUCCUCUUGUGCUAUUGUUACUUUGCCGCCUUAGCCCUUCUUAAUAAUACGAGUGAAAGACUGGUCCUAAGGCAGAAUUUGAUCUUGAAGUUUGAAUUAGAAAGGUUUUAUUAUUACAUGCUUAAGUGAAUAUUGAUCCAAAAUGAAGAAAUAGUGUAUUUUUAACCUGCACAAGAUAUAAUAGGGUAACAUCUUGCACUUGAUUAACCACUGCUUAAUGGGUUGUGUUGUGAUUUCAACAACAAAGUGCGUAAUUAACUUCUUAUGGUGUCAGUGUGAGAAGCAGUGAGUAGAACUUCCUGGAUCUCUUUUUCCUCAAUCAGAAUACGAUACAAACAUGCAGUGAUGUUAUAUUUCUUUGUUAACUGUAGUGUCAUAACUGCCAGAAAUCCCUGGUGUGGCUGUGGUGGCUUAAAUGUCUAAAAUCGUUUUGAUUGAACAUUUGUUAGAAAUAAACUCAAACACUUCUCGAAAGCAAAAAAGGGCUUCUUGCAUGAAGUCUACUUCUGAGUUCCUCUUUAGCCUGAAGAAUAACAAACCACUUAAAUUUUGUCACAGAGAUAGUCAUAAUACAUAUUUUUAAUCCUGUCAUUUGUCGUAAAUAAAUCUGAUUUGUUUGGGUCAGGUUCCCCAGGAGUUAAAGGAGUGAAUUCCUGAGAUAUGAUAUCUAUCUUGACUGAGCAUUUUUGGAAUGUUCUAUUAAAUGUUGAGACACCAACAGUGCUUCCAACGUUGAAAUGAAGAAAGUUUUAGCUGUCUCAUCUGUGUUCAAUGUCAUAAUUUUCCUUAGUUGAUACUGUUUAGGUCAUGUUUCAUCAUUGUUACAUAACAGUGAUUUUACUGACCCAUUUUGUGCUGUCUUUUGUAUUGUUUAGGCUAUUGAAAGGAAUGCUAUCCUUGAAAAUGAACUGGAUGAAAAAGAGACACUUCAGGAAUCUGUACAGAGACUAAAAGAUGAGGCUCGAGGUAACAAGCUCUAACUUGUUAUGCAAAAUUAAUUUAGUUAGACGGAACACUUAAGUUAUUAAUCUGACCCCAGUUAAACAGUUGGAUUAAAAUGCUGGCCAUCUAGAAGUUGGUAAAUUGCUUUCCAGUUGAUGUGUUAGGGGAACACUGUUAUGUUACAUCGUUGAUGACCGAUGUAUCAGUGAAAGGUACAUGUGCUGUAUCUGGAAAAUUAUCCAGCAAAGUUGUGUUUUGCCAAAAAAUUGGGGAAACCAAAUGUGUUGCCCAGAUGGUGGAGAUUUAUUCAAUGAAUAGCAUCUCCACCUUUUAAACAGCUGGGAUCUACAGCUGUAGUGCCUAGCAGUAGAAUUGUGAAACCAAACUUUGAUUUUGUGAUCAUCUCUGAGGAUGAAAAAUUUACAGCGACACCUUUUUACAAACUUUUUGUUAACUAUUGCUUUCCUGUCAUUUUUCUAUUGUUGCUAUGCUUGUGAAAUCAAGGUAUUGCUUGCUACUUAAAAGUGGCAGAUAGGGACCCAGAAACUGUAUUUUAUUUAUUUUUCGAGGGCAAAUAAAACUUUUCUUAUUUCCCUUAAUAUUCAAUGUUCCUGAGGGCUUAAUUUUUUACAGGCCAAGAUUGUUAGUUAAAAGAUCAGUAGUACUAUGGCUUAAGAAGGGGAGAAAUCUAUAUAUCAUUGCUGUAAUUUCUUUCGAGUUAAGCUCAACUCUGUAAAGGGACAUCCUUGUAAGUGGACAGCUCUACCCCUCGUAGAGUCUGACUGAAAAGCCCAGUUAAACUCUCCACUUACAAAAACUAUUCUGCUCCAGUUUCGGCCCACCUUCUGUCUCCUUAGGAAAGGAAACAGUAUCAAAAGGAAGUCUCAGCUGUAUUCUAAUGCCAUAAUUUGUAGCUUAAGGUUUAACUUAAAGUCAUAAAAAUAAUACCAGAUAAAAAGUGUUGAUUCUUAAGUAAAUUCAGGUAACAGGCCAUUUUACAGAUACAAGUUAAAACGAGGAUGGUGUUGACAUUGUUUUGAUACAACCCUUCGUGCUCUAUUAUGUAAAUCAUGUUGUUCUCAUGCUAACUAGUAUUUUUAAGCAUAAUUUCUCUGAGAAAAGGAAAUAGACUUGUAUCAAGACAAGGUCAGCCUCAGUGUCUUGUUCCAUCAAAAGCUGGAUACUGAGCCCAUAACUGUAAAAUGGUCUACUACCAUAGGGAGAAAUGCAAAGAGAAUGAUGCAGAGAAUAAGCUUGGUGAUAAACGAUCGGGGCUUAGCAUGUUUGCCGCACAAUUUAAGGGGGCAAAUUUGUUAGGCGUAUAUUCACCAGACACUCCAUACUAAUCCAAAUAAUGUGCAUUGUUUUUCUUGCCAGACCUAAGACAAGAACUUGCAGUUAAAGAGAAAGAGAGGAGGAGGCCUAGUGAAAGUAUGGAAUUGGGUAAAGACAAGGGUCGUAACAAAGAAAACAAGGAGCCAUUGAAAACAGAAGGAACGCCCACAAAGCCAGAGACUACUGGUCAGACCACAGACCAUAUCACUAAUUUAUCAACUACCUCCAUUGGAACAUCACCACUUCAUACUGGCUAUGGAAGCUCACCACUAACACCCUCAGCAAGGAUUUCAGCUCUGAAUAUUGUUGGAGAUCUUCUUAGAAAAGUUGGGGUAAGUUUCAAGAGAGUUGAAUUAUAGCAGUAAUGCCCAUUGCAGUUUGAUAGUAAAUGCAUUGUCUAGUUUUUGAUGAUUGUCAGAGAACAAUAAUGUUAUCAUUGAUGUUGUCUUAAUCACUUGUUGUAAAAUUGCUGUAUAAACCUUUAAAAUGUAAUUAGCAAUAUGCCAAAACACUCGAAGUUUAAAGAACUGUUGCUAGUAAUAAUGUAUGUGUUUUUCACAGUACAAGCAACCUUCCUCUCUUAUUCCCAAAGAUUUAUUUUGUCAGACAACAUGGUAUUUUCAGUGAUAACAUCGAUAUUCUUUUCUACCUUUUCCAGGCUCUUGAAUCCAAGUUAGCCUCUUGCCGUAACUUUGUCAAGGAUCAGCCACGAAAUGCAAGAGGAUCAACUGGUUCUAACAGUCCUGCAGAUUCCCCAAGGUAA